AUGCUUCCGCAACCAUUGCGAGGAAUCGUAUUUUUUGAGAUGCGACAAAUUGCUUGGAGGCAAAUGUUAUUGACCGAAUAUGAUAUCAACUAUGUGACUCAAAAAGCGAUAAAGAGGAGUAUUUUGUCUGAAUACCUUGCUCAUUUACCUGUGGAGGGUUAUCAACCGUCAAGGUUUGACUUUCCAGAUGAAGACAUCAUGUUUAUCAGAGAUUGCGCUAUUCCAGGCCCCGAACCAGGAUCGCAAUGGACACUCUUGUUUGACGCUGCUUCCAAUGCUUAUGGUCAUGGAAUAGGCACAAUUAUCACUUCUCCAGCUGGCUUCCACCUUCCAUUUAUUGCUAGAUUAUGCUUUGACUGUACCAACAAUAUGGCAGAGUAUGAGGCAUGUAUCUAUUGUAUUGAGGCAACCAUUGACUUAAGGAUUACAAUUCUUCAAGUAUAUGGAGAUUCAACUCUAGUGAUUAGUCAAGUAAAAGGUGAUUGGGAGACUCAGGAUAGCAAGUUGAUUCCUUAUAAAGAGCAUAUCAGAAAACUGAUGCCCUACUAUGAUGAAAUUUCUUUACAUCAUAUCCCUAGGGAAGAUAAUCAAUCAGCUGACGCUUUGACUAUGUUGGCAUCCAUGUUUAAAGUCAAGUGGAAGAAUGAAGCACCAACCAUCCAUAUUGACCACCUGGAUGAACCAACAUAUUGUCUAGACAUCGAGGCUGAUCUUGAUGAUAAGCCCUGGUUCUACGACAUAGACAUUUAUGGAGAAACAAUAAUAUCCCGAGGGUAUAUCUAUUACUGA